AUGCCUCCCGACUGGCCUCACUUCCCUCUGCUUCCUUCCUCGAAUUUCAUCAUUUCAUCCAGCCAAAAAUCUUCUUGUUCGAAUCUCUUGAAGCCUUUGCCAUCAGUCGCAUCUAGAACACAUAGCAACCAAGAUAUGUUAUCUACGACUUCUGUCUCGGAUCCUUACGUACACCCACCUCUAAUUUCGAUUGGCUCAAAUUCUCGAAGUUUACCACCGUCACUUUCCUCCCUCCCCUGGCGACCAUUGCAGCUUGUUCAUCUUCCAUGUACGGUGCUCAGUUGCCUUGCUCUCCUCUCGCGUACCUCUGUUCAUCCUAAAUGCGGGGCUCGUUGUGUAGUAAUUGGCCACGGCCGACUAGCAGGUGCUCCCGUGGCAGAUUGUUUAUCUUCUUUGGGUCGUGCUAGCGUAACGAUAUGCCAGGAGGCAACUCGUGAUCUUGCUGACGAAGUAGGUCGAGCUGAUAUCCUUGUAUGCGCCAUAGGACGUGUUGGUGUUAUAUCUAGCGAAUGGAUAAAACCUGGCUCCGUAGUAAUCGAUUUCGGAGUGAACAUUCUCCCACCUGAACUAGACACCAAUAGUGAAUGUAAGUCAAAAUAA